AUGACCACCUUCGCUUUCAGGUAUAAGCCCACUAAUAUUGCUCAUAUUCUCGAACCAUUUACGAAUUUCUAUCACGAAGUGUUCACUAGUAAUUUCAACGUUGCCAAGAACCAAAAGUUUCUAAAUCACUUAGAGACAUGUCUCUCCCAUGGUCGUUACAAGGACUACUUGUCUGUUGUAAUUGCAACUGCAGAGAAGGCCUUGAAGAAGGAAUCAACGAAAAAGGACGUUCGAUGGGCCUCCGUCAUAGUACGCGGCAGACGGAUCAGAGAUGGUUUAGAUCGCAACGCAGCUCCAUUUACCAUGAGUCGUGGUGCGGUGCUUGAAGCCGCACAGGAAGGGCAUUGGCUACUCAUUGACGAGAUCAAUCUAGCUCCUCCUGAAAGCCUUGAUGCCAUUGUCCAUGUGAUCUCAAAGAAUACUCAUCCUAAUUUCCGACUUUUUGCUUGUAUGAAUCCAGCAACUGAUGCUGGGAAACGCAGGCUGCCAUCAGGUGUACGAACUCGUUAUCCUCUUGUCAUUGACGUUUGAUUCGUCGAGUUUUUCGUCAGCGAAAUCCAUGAUGCACAUCAGCUGCAGCUAGUCGUUUCCACAUAUGUACCAUCUAUGAAAUCUGCUACUGUUACCAGUUUGGUGAAUUUCUAUCUACAAAGCAAGCAACUACACCCUUCAAGCUAC